UCGUGAGACAAGUGUACCAGUCCUUCAUUAACCGUGUCACUAUGAUUGAACAGUUAGAUUUUCUCACGUUGUAUAAAAUCCGUGACUUUUACUUGCUGUGGUCCAGUCCAGAUUCUUUGCUUUGCCUUUGGAACCAGAAACCAGGAGAUUCCUUCCUCCUUUUUGAAUUUGCUCAAACACACUUCAUCAAAGAGGUUAGUGUUGUUUAUGUUGUUUGGUCCCAUGGUCUUCAUUUCUUAACCAAAUCUUAGCCACCAAAGGAGUUUCUUGUAUCAAUCUAUAUACUGUACCCAGUUCUUUAUCCUUGAUUUAGUACAAUCUAGUUGUCUAGAUAAGGGGUUUUGAUUAAGUUUUCCUGAUGGGUUACUUAUAAAUUCUUUACCUCUUUUUUUAAAGUUGUUGCAUUCAAAUUUGGCUAAAAUGCUGGCGUAGAUGAAACUAGAAGUCUAAGGAGCAUAGACCCUAUUCCUUAGUUAUAAAUUUUUGUGUUGAAGAAAAAAAAAAUUUGAGUUUUCUCUGAUGAGUACCAUGGUCUCCCUAUCUGAGCACAAGAGAAGGGUCUUAUUCUUAAACAUCUCUUUUCUAUUGGUGGCAUGUACUUUCUUGAUUGUGCAAUUCAAUUCUGCUGAAUUUCUAGUACUGAGAAGUGCUGAACCUUUCAAGGAUAAUGGUCAACAAGACUGCCAGGGAUUGGUUAAUCUAGAUGACUACAAAACCAAGUGCUUUUACUUUAAAUUACAUAAUCCAUGUGUCUCUCAAGGCUAUAUUGACUAUCUUUACCUUUUCUAUUGCAAUUUCGAAAUAUUUCCUCUUUUGGGUAGUCUUCUUUUUCUUUGGCUCCUGGUAUUGUUCUAUCUGUUUGGGAACACAGCUUCUGAAUACUUUUGUUCUUCACUUGAAGACUUGUCUAAGCUGUUGAAUUUGUCUCCUACAAUUGUCGGGGUUACCCUCCUUUCACUUGGAAAUAGUGCCCCUAAUGUUUUUGCUAGUGUGGUGUCUUUUAUGGGUGAUGGGACAUCAGACUUUGGCUUUAAUACAGUAUUAGGUGGUGCUUCCUUUGUUACUUGUGUGGUGGUUGGAAUCUUAAGCAUUUUGGCGAAGCAAGAGGAAUUUAGAGUCAACAGGGAUGCCUUUGUUAGGGAUAUUUGCUUCUUCCUUUUAGUUCUUGCAUCCUUAAUUUUCAUUUUGAUUUAUGGCAAGAUCAACAUGUGGGGUGCUAUGGGCUUUUUGUUGAUGUAUAUUGUUUAUGUGAUGGUUGUUUACAUUUCACAAGUCCAUGGGAAUGGUAGUAUAAAUGAAAGCGAAAGGGAUCAUAAUUCAAGUAAUGGAAGUGAUUUAAGCAUACCAAUUUUAAGCAGCAUGGAAAAAGGGGAGCACAAUUAUGUGAAGGAAAGUGGUUUUGAAUGUGGUCCUGAAGUAGAAAUGAACAAAUGUUGCUUUUGCGUAAGAUUAUCAGCUCCAUGUAGUACACUUCUCCGAAUCCUUGAGAUGCCUCUUUCCUUACCUAGGAGAUUGACAAUUCCUGUUGUUUGUGAAAAGAGAUGGUCCAAGCCAACCGCAGUUGCUUCAGUGACAUUAGCACCAGUUCUCUUAUCAACUCUUUGGAACGCCCAAGAUGAGUGUGCCACCUUCAACACAAUCCUAAUAGUAAAUGGAAUUGGGUUGAUGUUCGGAAUGACAUUUGGGGUUCUUGCAUCUGUAAAAAUUGAGAAUUCAGGUCCACCGAAGAAGUGCUUGCUUCCUUGGCUAGCAGCGGGGUUCUUAAUGAGUGUGACAUGGAGUUAUAUUCUAGCUCAGGAACUGGUAGGCUUGUUAGUUUCACUUGGGUAUAUAUUUGGAAUUAGUCCUUCUAUACUAGGACUAACAGUUCUUUCCUGGGGGAACUCAAUUGGUGAUUUGAUAACAAAUUUGAUUUUGGCUGUGAAUCGUGGCCCAGAAGGUGCACAAGUUGCUAUAUCAGGCUGUUAUGCAGGUCCCAUUUUCAACAUCCUUUUCGGUCUGGGAUUGUCUCUGUUUGGCUCAGCCUGUUAUGCGUACCCAUCACGUGUUGUGAUCCCAAAAGAUCCAUAUCUAUUGGAGACAGUAGGCUUUUUAGUAGGUGGCCUGCUUUGGGCACUUGUUGUUUUACCCGGGAGAAAUAUGAGGCUUGAUUGGGUGCUGGGAGGAGGACUCUUAGCUAUAUACUUGAUGUCUGCUUCUUCGAGGGUAAUUCAAACUUUUAGCUCUCCGAUGUGAUAAUACACAUGGUUAGCUGUAACUAGCUUCCUUCCUGUACAGUGAUUGAUAGCUGUAGAGUAGCACUUCAGGUGAUGAACUAACUAGCUACUUCUGAGUGAAAGUUUAUUUAUUUCUUUUAAGCUUCCAUGAAAAUUAGAAUGGCCCAUAAACCGUAAUAUGUAAUCUUGAUGACACAAAUUUGAAAGCUAUCAGAAUGAAUUCAGCAACUUGUUUGAAAACCA